UCAACAUGGACGCCUGUUUAUUCUGUAGUUUGGAUAUUCCAUUUGUUUUCUGCUCGGAGGAGCUUUUUGCUUUAGUUUCACUAAUACUGAAACAAGUCGGACAGCCUUAGCGUCAGCGUUACACAAGCUAUGUUAAAGAGAGAGACACGAUGGCAUUAAGUGGAGGCAUUGCUGGAGACUUUACGGUGGUGCGGAACGCAUACAAUCUACAGACUCAGCAGAAACGCCUUCGCCACUUGCGCAGCAUAGCUGUGAGAAAUCUGCACUGUGGAGGUGAAACAAGGGAACAAUAUCCUCAGCUGCAAUGUUACUUCACUCUUCACUCCUGCAGUACUUCUAGAGCAUUUUACACCAGUGAAAAGAUCACAGGCUCAAUGAACCCUUCUUGGCAGAACUUUGAUAUAAGCAGGUGCGAAGAUGAAGUAAACAUUGCAUCCAAAUCACUGGUCUUGCGAGUGUGGGUGGGAAAUGUUGAUAAAUUUCGUCAGUUGAUCGUAAUGAAUGUUCACCUAACAGGACUGUACUUUUUAGCAGAAAAGCUUCAAAACAGCAUGGUGAAGCAUCCUCCAAACACAGUUAUCUUUGGUAUGCUGGAUAAGUUCUUUAUCUACAUCAGCAAAGAACAAGCUGACCUGAAAACCCUGGCCAAAAAUGUAGCGGACUUAGAUUUGCCAUCAACAUUAUUACCUGCUGUUGUGAAAGUUGACCAGUCUCUUGUACGUAACUCAUACAAUACCAGCUCUGUGUCCAGGAUCCAGACUGUUCUGAGAGCCAUCAAGCAACUGCAGGGCCAUGCACAACGCUACCGUAUUCAGAUUGAAGACCGACUACUAGCAUCACAGGAAAACACUAAGCGACUGGUAGAACAGGAAGACUGCCGCAUGAGAGUGAGCCAACUGCGUGAGGAACUUUUCCUCUGCACUUCUCAGCUGCUUACUACACAAGAGAAGUACCGAAUGAUCAAGGAUGCAGCUGUCAUGAAAGAGCAGACUUUGAAGCGAAAGGUGGAAGAUACAACAAAAAUGUGGGAUGUACUAAGUGAAGAUAAGAAAGAGCAUAUUGACAGAAGAGAGCAACUUGUCAAGGAAAAUGCACUGCUGCAUCUUCGUAGGAAACAGAUGCUAAGUGAACUUGUCACUUAUAUCUACCCUAUCACUGAGGUAAAAGGAAAAUAUUUUAUUAAUGGAGUCCGACUUCCACAUGCUGAAGAAAUGCAAGGCCAAGAUGAAGUAAUGCUGUCUGCUGCCCUAGGCAACACAUGUCAUUUAAUUCUAAAGAUGUCACAAAUUCUUGAUCUUCCACUUCGCCAUCCAAUGGAGAAUCGAGGGUCAAGGUCAAUUGUGUUUGACCAAGUGAAUCCCAAGUUAGAGAAGGAACGAGAGUUUCCUCUAUACUGUAAAGGAAAAGACAAAGCUCAUUUCAAGUAUGCAGUCUAUCUUUUGAACAAAAACAUUAGUCAGAUUCGAUAUUUCUUUGGGAUGCCUACGCAGGAUCUACGUCUUAUUCUGCCAAAUGUGCAGACUCUGCUGCAGAAGAUUGGAGUCAGAAUGGAUGAUGAAAAGGAAAAGGAUCAAUUGACAAUAUUGAAGAGUCCAAAAGCCAUGGCAGAAAGGGUUGAGGGUGACAGUGUCUACGUCACAGCUUCCAGUACAACUUCUAGUUUGGCUGGCAUUGAGGCUUUGCUUCCUUCUCCAGCCAUGGCUCUCAGUGCUGUCAAUGGUAGCACUGGAAAUAGCAGAACACCAGCAAGUGGAACAACCUUUGGGUUCAAGCAUGCACAAAACAUUCAGGUUAAGAGCAAGUCUGAAAGUGCUGAGUGCAGAACAGCAGACACCAGGAUACCAGACAGUGCUGAUCAUGCAGCUAAGAGCAGUUGCAAUGUUUGUAGAAAUGACGAGGGAGAGGACCUGUUUAAACCUCCUGUAGAUGAUAACUUUUUCAAAUCCCAAAAUUCUUAUGUGGAAGAGUUUAGUUCUAUGAGAGAGGAUGAAAGUUCUCAAGGAGUGUGCAGUUCAUUAGGCGAUGUAUUGUCAGAUAGAGAUAGAAAUGUGCACUUGAUGGAAAUUCUUGAGAGUGCAUCAGCAGGUCAAACACUUUUGCCAAAAUCGUUCAAACUUUUAAACAAAAUUGAGAAUGAGAAAGAUAGAGAGAGUAUCACGAUACAAGAUGGUAGCAGUACCACAGGAGCAAGCGGUUUUUCUACCAAGAAGGAUGCUGCUGUAGAUGCCAUGAACAUUGAAUGUAGUUGUGAUAGCAGUGACAGCGACAGUGAUGAGGAUUGGCCCUGCUUAGUGUCUCGUGGAAUGCCAAUACCAAGCUCUGACAUAGAACCCUCCUCAAACACAUCUUCCCCGAUCCCAGACUCACAGCUUAUGAAGGAGAUUCAUGAUAUGCUUUUGAUGGAAGAUGGUGAAAGAUGAAUAGUGCCUGAAUAUAGGUUAAAAUCAUUUUAUAGGAUUUCAAGUGUCCACAACCAAUUAGCAACCUUGGUACAAACACUAGUUUGUAACAUUAGCUUCUUACAACAGAAACUGCAAGUGCUGUACAUUAAAAGGAAAAGUGUACACAAUUUAGAAAUAAAUACAAUAAUGAGUGAAAUAAAAUUUGGGAAAGUACUUACAGGCAUGAAAGUUGGAAAGGGAGCUGGAGAUAAAGGAGAAUAGCCAAUCAGAUUAUACUGUUGACUGUUGUAAGAAAUCUGUCUUUGAAUCUUAUAUUAUUUAUGAUGUAAAAUAGGAAAUUUGAUAGGUACAUGAAUGUUGCAUUUUCCUCUGAAUUCAUACAUAAACAAGUGAACUACCACUGAUAAGUUGCCUAUUUCUUGCACUCCUUCUAGGACAGUGGUUCUCAAAGUAUUUCGGACUGCGGACCACUUUACUAAGUAAAAAAUAUGGCGGACCACCAAGGCCUAAAAAUCACUCUGUACUAUGAAUUUCAAAUUUAAAUUGCCGCAUUUAAUUCA